AUGGAUGUAGGGACGUCGCAGUUCCUUUCGCAGGUCCUGGUAGGUAGGUCAGAGUUUGGGAGCUUCGGACAUGGGAUGCGUUGCCCCGUGAAGCUUGCCCGUCAUUCUGGCAGGAAAGCUACGAACUCGAUCCUUAAUGCGUUUGUGCGAGCUGGAGACUGGCAAGAGGCUUUUCAGAUCCUCCAGGAUGCCGGGCACAAUGCUGAUGUCGUCCACUUCACCUUGGGACUGCGUUCGUGUGUUUCGGCAGCUGCCUGGCAGGCUGCCGUGUCCACCCUGCCUUGGGUUGCCCGCCUGCGAGUUAGCCCGGACCAGCACUUUUUCGGCUCGGCAUUGACCGUUUGUGGCAGGGCCGCCCGUUGGAGGGAAGCAUUGGCUAUCCUCUCGCUCAACUCCACGCCAUCACUGGUAGCACACUCUGCAGCAAUGACUGCCUGUGAGAAGGCGGGUAAGUGGCAGAUGGUUCUCGGCAUGCUGUACCACCUGCCAAUGCUACGGCUGCAGCCGGAUCACAUCACGUUCACUUCAUGCAUAGGUGCCGUUGAGAAGCUGGGCUUGUGGCGAGCUGCGGUUUGGUUACUGGAGGACAUGGGGCGCUUCGCCCUGCAGGCUGACCUUGUCAACAUGUCCGGCGUCCUCAGUGCCAUGGGGAAAGGUCACAGGUGGAAGAGAGCACUUGCACUCCUGUCCAGCAUGACUUUGCAGCUGCUUCGGCCGUCCACGAUCAGCUAUUCUGCAACAAUCAGCGCCUGUGAGAAAGGCCAGGCGUGGGAACAUGCUUUGCUUCUGUUUCGAGAGACCCGAAGAGAGGUGGGGAGAACGAUCCCGGUGGACAUCGCAAUGCUGACUUCACUGAUGGCAGCUUGUGAUGUUGGCGGUCGCUGGCAAGAUGCGCUAAGCCUACUUGCCACUGCUCGGUCCAGAAGGUCGGGAUGUGAAAGUGGUGAUCACAUUCAAGACUUCAAGGCCAUGGAAGAGCUUCAGAGCACUUGUCUCAGUGCAUGCAACCGCUCAUUGCAGUGGGAAGCUGCUCUCGCCAUUCUUCAUUCUGAUGUUUGCGAUUUUACUGGCCUGAACUGCGCUAUCCAAGCGUGCGCCGGGGCAUCAAGGUGGUCCUUGGCUGUUUCGAUGGUAGAAGGCUGCUAUCACGCCACGACACUGUCCGUUGUCUUGGGAGCCUGCCUGGCAUGUCAAGAGCUUCCCAUUGCUUCCGGCGUUUCCAACCUGCUCCGUAAGUCCCGCAACGACUCGGAAGAGGCAGAGACUCCCACAGAGGCUUCCCAUUUGUCUUGGUCUCGACAUUUGUCCCACGAGGCUGCAGAGGUUGAUGAAAGGCUGACGCACCCAUCUCGGGGCAACGUAUCUUCAUUCGUAGCUCGAAGAUUGCUCGACAUGCACCAGUUGCGGGCCGUAUCUGGCGACCGAUGA